UUCACUAUUCAUGUACUUAUUCAACAAGGUGACCAAACAGUUAGUCCUACCAUUUAUGCAUUAUUAACCGAUAAAUCUCAAUCAACAUAUACACGUUUUCUUAAAUAUUUAUUAGAAAUAAAACCAUCUUUAAAUCCUACAUCGGUAAUAAUGGACUUUGAACAUGCCUCAAUCAAUGCAUUCAAAAUUGUUUUUCCACACGCUGAACAACAAGGUUGUUUUUUUCAUUUUUCUAAAUGUAUGUGGCGACAAAUUCAAAAUGUUGGUCUAGUCGAAAAUUAUAUUAAUAAUGCUAACUUUGCUCUUCAUAUUCGUAUGUUAGCUGCUUUGGCCUAUGUUCCACCAGAUAACGUUAUUAAUGCAUACGAAGAAAUUUUAGAAACACAAUUUUAUGUUGAAAAUGAAGACCUGAUAAUGCCAUUCUUGGAUUAUUUCGAGGAUAACUGGGUAGGAAAAAUAACAGGAAGACGAAAAACUCGACGACAACCAAGACAUCCUAUUGAUAUUUGGAAUUGUCACUAUUCAGCCAAAAAUGGUCUUCCAACAACAAACAACGCUGUUGAAGGGUGGCACAGAGGAUUUACAUCUGUUAUUGGAGCAAGCCACCCUAAUAUAUGGAAAUUCAUGGAUGGAAUUAAGAAAGUUCAAAACAUAGAAGAAUUAAAACGAGAGCAGUAUAAUGCUGGAGAACAACCACAGAAAAAAAAAAAGUACAAGGACUGUAAUAAAAGAAUUCAUGCAUUAGUUACAAAUUAUAAUACUAAUGAGAAUAAGAACUUCAUAAAAGGUAUAGCAUAUAAUUUGUCACUGAAUGCCUAG